CGCGUUAGAUAUGGCCCAUUAAGUAGAUAUACCGUUCAAUUGUUAACUCGUCAGCGCAGUCAAUUUCUUUUUGAAACUUUAACUUAAACGCUUUCAAAGUAAAUCGCAACAAUUUGUGAAUCCACGACUUUCAAUAUCGUAGACGAUUUUGAUUAAUUAUUGAUCUACGAAAUUUAGUUCUUUCUUUUCUUUGAAAUCGAAAUGAUAGAGUUUGAAAAUUAAACUGAAAAAGAAAAUCAGCUCAUAGAACAGCGUAGGUUUUUUUGUUUGAAAAUGGAGUCAAGAGUAAUAAAUUCAGAUUCUUUACAACGGGCUAAGAUUCCAACUAAAAGUGGCAAUAGAUACUCGAUAGAUAUGAUUUUAGGUAGAUUGAUGCAGGAAACAAAUACCAAAGAGUUGGAUGAGGGUUGUGAUUCACAAAGAACGGCAGCUUCAAGUGUUACAGGUGCAAGCAUAGCAGACACUGGUAUUACAAUUAUUGAUGAAGUUGCUGAAGAUACUGACGAAACAUUAGAACAAGAUAGCGACGAUCAGCACAUUCUAGAACACAGGCUAGAAACUAAAGAUGAACCUGGUGACGAUGGCAGCCCACCACCAGUUGAAACAGACCAUGUGACGUCAACAUCAAACGAAAAUACCACAAUGCAUAUAGACACCGGAAGCGGAAAUAGUCCUACUCCGUCUGCUAGUUCCACACAUUCUGCUGGAUCAGAUGAAAAUUAUCUUAAGAAACGCAGGUUUAGGACCACAUUCACUGCUGAGCAACUAAAAUGCCUUGAAGAGGUGUUCCGAAUCACACAUUACCCGGAUGUAAAUGCACGUGAAGAUCUAUCUCAGAAAACCAACCUUCCUGAGGCUCGUGUUCAGAUAUGGUUCCAAAAUCGUCGUGCUAAGUGGAGAAAGUAUGAGAAACUGGGCAAUUUUGGCGGACUGCAGGACUUGAAAGAUGUUUCAUUCGUGCCGGCGCCUAAAACUGUAAUGAGAACAGACACAUUUCCACACUUCACGAGAGCACGUGCAAACUCAGACGACACAUCAGAUAAUGAAUCACCAGAACUUUCUCCGCCUUUGAGAAUGCCAGUUCCGCCAUUCCCACAAUUCUUGCCAUUCCCGAUGUAUGGUAUCCCAGGAUUCCCUCUCGGAUGUUUCGGUUACAGACCACCGGAAGCUCACAGAAGUGGCAGCAUUGCCUCACUUAGAAUGAAAGCUCGUGAUUACGAAGCGGCGCUUGGAAUGCAAAACAUUUUUAAAACAUGAGAAUGCUGCAUUUAUUAGAGGAGAUAUAUAUUUUUAAUUGGUGCUUAUGGAAGAUCACUCUUACGCUUUCGUAACUGUAGGAAAAGUUUGUGAAAAUGUGAAAUAGACACCUCAUGUGUGCCCGAUCUUAUGAGGUAAUAUAAAAAAAUAAGUUGAGGAAAUGAACUCUACAGUCAUUAUUUUUUAAAAACAAAAAAGAUAACAAUCUUGUUAAAUAUCUUGUUAAUGCAUACGAACUCGUUGAGUAAAAACAUAAAUCUUAUUGAAAACCUAAAGAAACCUAAAUUUUGAGUAAUAAAGUUGUUCUUGUAAAUUACAUUUACCAUGACUUAUUUCAUACUCAUAUCAACAAUGGAAACUAAAACGUGAAUAAUUUGCCAUACUAACGUUGAAAUUUCAUACUAGAACGUAAAGUCAUUUGUGACGUCAGUUUCAUGUGUGUCGUCGGGGUAAAAAGUUCGUCUAUGAUGAUUAUUUAAAUUUUAUUGAAACUAAAGAACAAAUUAUUUAAUUAAUAUAAUAGUUUAGUGUACACGCACGUGUAAUAAAAUGAAUAUGCACUGGUUCUAUUGUGCUCCUUAGGCUUAAGUCGAACAAGAUUUCCGCUGAUACAAUGGUGCAUAUUUUCGGCAUAAAUGUAAUAACCUAGAAUUGUAUAUUGUUACAGAGUAGUUUUCAUGGAACUUUUAUACACUCUUGGAGAAAAAAACAAAACAUUAUGAUGUGACGCGAAUCUUUUCGUUUAUAAGACACAUUUUUUAACAAAAGUGAUAUGUCAAAAGAGUAUUUUAAGAAAA